AUCGAAAUUUUCAAAUAACAACAACAGAAAGAAGGAAUAUCGAACUCAAUUCUGCGUCGCAAUGUCAGCAAUAUUGUGCUCACGAUGGCCAAAAAGCAUAUGGCAUUUUGUGCGUCACUGCAGCUUCAAGCUAAAUCCAAAGGCUGUAGUUAUAGCUGCAGCCGUGCGUACGCCCAACACUGUGCAGAUGACACAUGCAAAUGAGGAGCAUCAAUUGACCGGCAUGGUCAUUGAUGAGCUGGUCAAACGUACUGCAGUGCCUCGAGAUGAAUUCAAGAAGCUCAUUGUCUGCUCCUCCAGUGACAUGACGAGCAACGACACGCUCAGCAGCAUGGCCAAGAAUCUGGGACUGAAAAGCUGCCAAACGCACGUUAUCAAAGACGUUUCGUGCUCCGUAAGUGGUUUGCAAAUGUCAUUGGAAUGCCUGCAGCGGGAUGAGGAGGACUGGAUCAUCUUGGGCGACACACGGGCCAACAUUCAGCAUCAGACAGGGAAUAUUGUCGCCAGCGAACUAAUGACCGCUGCUGUGCCCAUGAAAAAACCACCAGUUGCAUUGGAAAAUAUGAAGAAUUCUUCUCCAGGGGCUGCAGCACUUGCAUUGACCACCGCUCAAAUGGCCGAGCGUCUGCAACUACAGCCCUUGGCUUUGGUACGAGAAUUCUUCAUCGAACAGGAUAAUUUACAGGCGAUAUUUCGUCUAAACAACACUAAGCCUAUUCAACUAAAGGAUGUGCACUCCUGGGAGCUGGUUGUACAGCAACAGCAGCAUGACAACCUCAACAUGUUGGUCGAUCUCAACGUAAACGAUGUGCACACUCAUGAUGUGAGCCAAAUAACUGCCAGCCAUUUAUUGACCCACACUGUGCACUCUUUGCCAGCCGGCAGUUUGGGCUGUGUCAUCAUGGAGUCUGCCAACGGGGAAUGCUUGCUGAUGGUGCUAGAGAAACUCAUUCCUAAGCCCGAGAGCUUACCUCAACUCACGCUCUACACGAAGGAACCUUGUCCACUUUGUGAUGAUCUUGUGGCACAGCUGGAGCACAACUUUGCCGGCGAGUUUGAGCUGAAAAAAGUGUUUAUUGAUCGUAAAGAGAAUGUGCGAUAUUUACGACUAUUUCGCUACGAUAUACCAGUUCUAUUUCUCAAUGGACAGUUUCUCUGCAUGCACCGGCUGAAUGAGGAAGUGCUCCGCGAGAGAUUGGUGGCCAUAAAGAGCGUAGGCGCAGGAGCAGAAGCAAAGAAAACAUAAGUAACAAACUGUUGAGUCGUGUUUAUAUAUCGCAAAACCAAGAUUGGUGGCCAUAAAGAGCGUAGAAGCAGAGGAAAAGAGUACACAAUGAGUCAUAAAUGAGUCGUUUUUAUACCUCACAAGCCAAAUUCUCAGUAUUACAUAAGUUUUCUCACCUAUUGUUAUAUUUCAUAAACCAAAUUCGCAGUAUUACCUAAAAUAUUUCAC